AUGGUAGACUCUUCUCCAGACCAAUUUGCCGGUGGCAAUAGUCAUGACUCCUACGACGAUGCGGAAAAGGGCAUGCAUAACCAGGCGCUGGAGAUAAUGGCACCUCCACCAUUCGUAUACACGGGUGGUCAGAAAUGGCCGAAACACAUCAACACUCAGCUGUCUCCCCUUUCACCAGUUCACGAAGGCAUUACGCCGUUUUCAAGUGUCCCGGAGCUGUUGUUAAAAUUUCCAGCAGGGCGACGGGCCACGGACGCCAAUAUCCUUGGGACCACCGUCAAGAAACCAGCACCAUCAAAACCAAAAAUCGGCCGAUGGAUUAAACUUGACUUAUGGUUCAACACGUACCGAAAAUUCUUCACCUUCAUCACCUUGCUGAACUUGACGGGUAUCAUCCUUACCGCACUUGGUCGAUUCCCUUACGCCGAGAACCACCUUGGCGCUGUAGUACUGGGGAACCUUCUCUGCGCAAUCCUAAUGCGGAAUGAGCUGUGGUUGCGCAUCCUUUAUAUUGUUGCUAUACAUGGUUUACGAAGUUGGGCCCCAUUGCGCGUUAAGUUGGCAGCAACAUCUGUCCUACAACAUGUUGGAGGCAUUCACUCGGGAUGUGCUCUCUCUGGUGCUGCUUGGCUUGUGUAUAAGAUCGUGGAUAUCAUACGUUAUCGCGCCGUUCAGCACCCUGCUGUGAUUGCCAGCGGCAUAAUCACAAACGUCUUCAUCAUCGUUUCCGUUUUGAGCGCCUUUCCUUGGGUUCGCAAUACUUAUCAUAACGUAUUCGAGAAACAUCACAGGUUUAUUGGAUGGCUCGGCCUCGCGGUUUGUAGCUUUAUUCUAACGACCUGGAUCUUCGUGGUCUUGGGAAACUCUUAUGACAUCAAACGCGGGCAUUGGAAUACCAACUCCCACACCCUACUAAACGCCCAAGAACUAUGGUUUGCCGUCUUCAUGACGAUUUUUGUGCUCAUCCCUUGGGUUACCCUGCGAGAAGUCCCUGUCGAGGUUUCGCUUCCCUCUCCCAAAGUCGCCAUUGUCCGGUUCGAGCGUGGGAUGCAGCAGGGUCUCUUGGGAAGGAUUAGUCGCACUUCCAUCAUGGAGUAUCACGCCUUUGGCAUCAUCAGUGAAGGCACAAAGGCGACGCAUCACUAUAUGAUUUGCGGUGUUCAAGGCGACUUUACGAAAGACCUUGUUACCAACCCACCUAAGACACUGUGGACUCGAGAACUGAAAUUUGCUGGUGUUGGCCACGCUUCUGCAAUGUUCAAGAGAGGAAUCCGCAUCUGCACUGGCACUGGUAUCGGAGCAGCGCUAUCUACGUGCAUCCAAAGCCCAAACUGGUUUCUCAUCUGGAUAGGCUCUGACCAAGAGAAAACUUUCGGACCAACCAUUACAGGCCUCAUCAGAAAGCACAUCGAGCCGGAGAGAAUGAUCCUCUGGGAUUCGAAGAAACGAGGAGGACGCCCUGACACUGUGGAGCUUCUCAAAGACACAUGGACUAGGUUCGGAGCAGAGGUUAUUUUCAUAACGUCUAAUAUGCAGGGGAAUGACGAGAUGAUGCAAGGUUGCCGCGCAGCUGGGCUGCAUGCUUUCGGCACUUUGUGGGACUUUUGA